UCGACUCGACACCUCGGGACUGGAGGUUGCUGAGUGAUGUAAUGCUGUAGUGAGCACGCCGCUCGUGUUCUUAACCCUUUCACACAUCAGAAGAGAUGCUCACGUGGAAAUGUGGUCCUCGUCAGACGGAACAACACUUGGCAUACAUUCGCAUGGGCUACGUCACGAUGCCAUUCACAUUCUCCUUCUCUUCCCUGUGCCAUCACGACAUGACAAAUGAGACUUAAACAAGACACGCAUACAGACCCACUCACAAAAUGGAUUUCAUUCAGAGCAAAUAGAUGGAAGCGCCAGGCGCAACGUGUUUGCGGUCAGGUAUCCGCAUCUGUGCUGUUCUGUUUGUGACAAACAACUCUCUUCGCCGGAAACUAGAAAAGCUCAGUACAUUUGUAAGCGUAACAGCCUCUCCCUGGAUGGAAGUAGCAAUAAAGGUGGCGAUAUUGAUUCAAAUUUGCUUGCCGUCGGUUGUGAAAUCCAACAACGGAGUGGAGGAAACGAGGAAGUGGAGGUGUCAGGUUUCUUGUACCGCUCAAAACAUCAUGGAGUUUGCUGAGCUGAUCAAAACCCCUCGUGUAGAUGGGGUAGUCCUCCAUCGACCCUUUAUGCCCACUGUGGAGGGGACUCUGUGUCUGACGGGACAUCACCUCAUCUUGUCCUCUCGCCAGGACAACACUGAGGAACUCUGGCUGCUUCAUGCUAACAUUGACUCUAUUGAGAAAAGGUUUAUCGGAUCACUCGGAACUAUUAUUGUAAAGUGUAAAGAUCUGCGAGUGAUUCAGCUGGACAUCCCUGGCAUGGAGGAGUGUCUUAAUAUUGCCAGCUCCAUUGAAGCACUUUCCACACUAGACUCUGUGUCCCUGAUGUAUCCAUUCUUCUACCGUCCUCUGUUUGAGGUCAUUGAGGAUGGAUGGCAGUUGUUCGUACCAGAGGAGGCUUUCAAAGAUCUGGAGUCUAUGACAGAUGAAUGGAGACUGAGUGAGGUAAAUAAAGACUUCAGCGUGUGCCCUUCGUACCCUUCCUUGCUGACCGUGCCCAAAGACAUUGAUGAUGAAAGUCUCUGCAAAGCUGCUUCCUUCCGCCACGGUGGCCGUUUCCCCGUGCUCAGUUACUACCACAAGAAAAACGGCAUGGUGAUGAUGCGAGCUGCGCAACCACUGACAGGAACUAAUGGGCGACGCUGCAAAGAGGACGAGAAGCUGAUUAAUGCUACGCUUUGCGCAGGGAAGCGAGGUUACAUCAUUGACACGCGAACUAUAGCUGUAGCACAGCAGGCUAAAGCUCGAGGAGGAGGAUUUGAACAGGAAGCCAACUAUCCUCAAUGGAGGAGGAUUCAUAAAGCGAUUGAGAGGUCUAAUGUUCUGCAGGAGAGUCUGAUAAAGCUGGUGGAGGCAUGCAAUGAUCAGUCACACAGCAUGGACCGCUGGCUCAGUAAACUUGAAGCGUCUAACUGGCAGAGUCAUGUUAAGGAAAUCCUCACAACGGCCUGCCUGGCUGCACAGUGCAUUGACAGGGAAGGGGCGUCAGUGCUGGUUCAUGGCACAGAAGGCACUGAUUCAACACUGCAGGUGACGUCUCUCGCCCAGAUAAUCCUCGAUCCGGCAUGCAGGACCAUCCGUGGAUUUGAGGCGCUGAUUGAGCGAGAGUGGUUACAGGCCGGUCACCCGUUUCAGCAGCGCUGUGCUCAGUCUGCAUACUCAAACGGGAAGCCCCGAAGUGAAGCGCCCGUGUUCCUGCUCUUCCUGGACUGUGUGUGGCAGAUCCUGCGGCAGUUCCCCUGCUCCUUCCAGUUCAACGAGAACUUCCUGAUCAUGCUUUUCGAGCACACUUAUGCCUCACAGUUCGGCACUUUCCUUGGAAACAGCGUGGGAGAGAGGGUGAAGCUGCAGCUGUCUCAGAAAACUGUUUCUUUGUGGUCGUGGGUGAACAGACCUCAGGAGAUGGAGCGAUUUCUUAACCCGCUGUACGAGCCCAAUAACUUGGUCAUCUGGCCAUCUGUGGCUCCUCAGAGCCUCCUUCUGUGGGAGGGGGUGUUUCUUCGCUGGAAUCGCUCCACUAAGUGUUUAGAUGAGGCUUAUCAGGAGAUGGUCCAUAUUAUAGAAUACAACAAGGAGCUACAGAACAAAGUGAACAGCCUGCGCAGACAGCUGGCCCAGCUCGAGACGGAGGACAACCCACUGCAGACACCGUAGGACGUCAGCAGAAUGGUACACUUCUGAUUUGCCAUCUCUGUCUUACUGAAAUCUCACACACAUGUAUUUACACUCCUCUGAUCGUACUCUUUCUUUCCAACUACAUUGAUCAACUUUUUUCACAUUAACAUAUUACAUUGGUCUCCAAUGGAUUGUACUCUCUGUGGCCACUAGAUCUGCUGCUCUAUUAAUAUAUCAUUGUAGUUUUCUUCCUUAAACACUAUGCCGCACUUGCCCUUAUUACGGCGUGUUUCAUGUAAAACACUUUAAACUGAUUAGCAGGUUAUGAUAUGGAUGUCAUUUCACUAGAGAUUGUACACUGGUGUUUUAGUUUACAUAUUCUCAAAGAAAAGGGACUGCUGAUGUGCCAUUUUUUUUUUCUUCAUUUUAAGUCCUGUGCCAUCAUGAAGUGCAAUAAAAAAUACAAUUAUAAAAUAAAAGGGAAGAUAUUUGACUAUUAGAUGCUGGAAAUGUAAUUUGAAUAUAACGUGGUUUACAUAGUCUUACAUGAUCCCUAACUCCUUCCAAAGAGACACUGACCACAUGAUUAAAGAGAUGGUUUAUCCAAAAAUGAAUAUUUGUUGAGAGUUUACUCACCCUCAGGCCAUCCAAGAUGUAGAUGAGUUUGUUUGUUUUUUUCAUCAGAACAGAUUUGGAGAAAUUUAGCAUUAUAUUACUUGCUCACCAAUGGAUCUGCAGUGAAUGGGUGCUAUUAUUUUGAUAUUUUUAUCAGCUGUUUGGACUCUCAUUCUGAUGGCAUCCAUUCACCGAGUCUAAGAGACUCAGCAGAUCUGCAUUUUUGGUUGAAUGUUUUCUUUAAGAAAAUGCCAAAAGUGGCACUAUUUUCUUUGCAAAUCCUUUGUGCACGGGUAAUAUUCAUAUUUGUAUAGAGUAAAAGUAUUUAGUAUAUAAUUUAAAAAUACAGAUUUUUGUUAGAGAUGUGGUGAAUGUCAAAAUAAUGUGUCAUAAAUUUCCAUCCAUGACCUUCAAAAUUUUUACAUAACUUUUUUUUGUGAAUAUAAAGAUCUUUAUUAGGACACACAUAGCAGUUGUUUAGGAACAUGUAAAAAUAAAGCCCACUGGGAUUAUUACAGUUUCCGUUCUGCACAAAAACAUUUCACUGCCUCCAGGUCUCCAUGAGUGACAUGAGCACGGCCAUGUAGACUGUAGGUGUUUCCUGCAAAUCAUUUCACAUAUCAUUUAUGCAAAUAAAUCAAGAUAUUCACUACCAGUCAAAAGUUUUUGAACGGCAAGAUUUUUAAUAUUUCUGCCCACCAAGCCUGGAUUUAUUUGAUCCGAAGUAUAGCAAAAACAAUAACAUUUUGAAAUAUUUUACUGUUUAAAAUAACUAAAAUGUAAUUUAUUCCUGUGAUUUCAAAGCUGAAUUUUUAGCAUCAUUACUUCAGUUACAUGAUCCUUCAGAAAUCAUGCUAAUAUUCUGAUUUGCUGCUCAGAAACAUUUAUUAUUAUUAGCAUAUUGAAAACAUCUGAGUGGAAUUUUUUCAGGUUUCUUUGAUGAACAGAAAGAACAGCAUUUAUCUGAAAUAGAAAACUAUUGUAACAUAAAUGUCUUUAUCAUCACUUUUGAUCAAUUUAAAGUAUCCUUGCUUAAAAAAGGUAUUCAUUUCUAUAAUUUCUUUCCUACAAAAAAAACAAAUUAGAAAAUGAUACUGACUAUAAUGUCACAAAAUCUUUUUAUAUUAGAUAAAUGCUGAUCUUUGUAUCUUUCUAUUGAUCAAAGAAUCCUGAAAAAAAUGUACUCGACUGUUUUAAAUAUUGAUAAUAAUGAUAAUGUUUCUUGAGUAAAGUAAAUCAAUAUUAGAAUGAUUUCUGAAGAAUCAUGCGAUGAAAAUUUAGCUUUAAUCAUAGGAAUAAAUUACAUUUUAAAAUAUAUUCAAAAAAUCUGAAAAAGUUUGGUGAGCAGAAGAGACUUCUUUAAAAAACGUUAAAAAUCUUACUGUUCAAAAACUUUUGACUGGUAGUGUACACACUCAAUGUGCUGUUAAAGUUUUUUGGGUCCAUUUGUUUCAUAAAUAUGUGAAUAUUUAAAUCUGUUGCGUAGUGACUCCUGUAGCCCAUAUCGGUAAUUUUAAUAUUCCACUGGGUUCUCGCCAUCAAAUAUAGAUGUGUUUUACUUUAAAGUAGGUUUUAAUGCUGGGUAUA